AUGGCCGACACUCAAGCUGCCGGCGGCGACUCGAACCCCUCGAGGGGUAAUCGCAACCGUGGAAGAGGUCGCGGCGGUGGAGGAGGCGGUGGUGGUGGAGGAGGAGGCAACUCUGGAGCCCGUGGAAGAGGAAGAGGAGGACGUGGUAGAGGCGGUAAUAACGCUGCUGCGCCAACUCAGCCAGACCCCUCAAGCACAUCCCAGACCCCCGUCACCAAAGCCGAUAACAAGGUGCUUACACGUACGGCUGCAGCGGACGAUGAUACUGCGAGCAGCGACGGAGAGGUGUGCUUCAUCUGCGCAGAGCCCAUCAAGUUCCAUUCAAUUGCACCAUGCAACCACAAGACCUGCCAUAUCUGUGGUCUGCGUAUGAGAGCCCUGUACAAGACCAAGGACUGCCCUCAUUGUCGAACUGCUUCUCCCUUCGUCGUUUUCACAGACGAUGCGAACAAGCGAUACGAAGACUAUACCGACGCCGACAUUACGAGUUUCGACAGCAAUAUUGGCAUCCGGUAUACCAAUGAGGAAAUUGUGGGCGACACUGUCGUACUCUUGCGAUACAACUGCCCCGCGGAAGACUGCGUCUUCGCCGGAUUAGGCUGGCCAGAUCUUCAUAGGCACGUCCGCUCAACACAUCACAUGAAGAUGUGCGACUUGUGUACCAGGAACAAGAAGGUUUUUACCCACGAGCAUGAGCUCUUCGCGGACAAGGAGCUCGAGAAGCACAUGAGGCAUGGAGAUGACAGGCCGGGUGCCAUUGACCAGACGGGCUUCAAGGGGCACCCCUUAUGCGGGUUCUGUGGAUCGCGCUUCUACGACGAUGAUAAGCUCUUUGAUCACUGCCGCGAAAAGCACGAAAGAUGUUUCAUCUGCGACCGGAGAGACUCGAGACACCCCCAUUACUUUGUCAACUACAAUGCGUUGGAGAAGCACUUUGAAAAAGACCAUUUCCCCUGUCUGGACAAAGAAUGUUUGGAGAAGAAAUUCGUCGUCUUUGAGUCGGAAAUGGACUUGAAGGCACAUCAACUGGAAGAGCAUGCUAACUCUCUGUCCAAGGAUGUGCGGAGAGAUGCGAGGGUAGUCAAUAUGUCAGGCUUUGACUACAGAUCAACUUACGAGACCGAGAGACGUGGAGGGGGUGGAGGUGGUAGAAGCGGCGGUGACGGCCCCUCUAGCGGACGCCAAGGCCGUGGCCGUGGCCGGGAUCCUAAUGCCGAACCCAUACCCCAGAGCUCUGCGCAGCCGCUCCGUCGGGAUGAGCUUGCCUUCCAAAGACAAAUGGCAAUCCACUCGGCACAGUCAGUUUCCAACCGUACCUUUGGUGGAUCGCUCUCCCAGCCAGCGAGCACGACACCCGCUUCCUCAUCUCGCCGAGGUAAUGGUGCGCCGGCACCUGGAGGUUCAUCACGUCAAGCCCCCGCAGCUGCAGCCACCCCCGCGCCUGCGCUGCCCACGGCCGAGAUGGAGCAGCUCAACGUGACUGACAUCGCAUCAUUGCCCCCUCAGGAGAGAGCGGUGAUGUUGCGCCACCAAGGAGUCGUUGAGCGCGCUUCCAACCUGCUUGGCCACGACCAGUCCAAGAUGAAGGAGUUCCGCGAUUACAUUUCGAAUUUCCGAAAAGGAAGUUUGACCGCCCCUCAACUGGUCGAUGCCUUCUUCUCGCUCUUCGCCGACACAUCGUCAAACGCGUUGGGCACAUUAGUCCGUGAAGUUGCUGACCUGUUCGAGGAUAAGAGCAAGGUCGCGGCUCUGCACAAAGCGUGGCAGGACUGGAGAGCCAUCAACGAAGACUACCCGUCUCUGCCUGGCUUGGGCGGUAUGCACGGCGCGACGACGGCUUCAAGCGGCUGGGCUAGUGCGGCCUCGCCGUCUCCCACUGCGCCAGCUGCCGCACCGAGCUCGAACCAGAAGCACUCCAACCGCGUGUUGAGGCUGAAGAACAGCACCCGAGCCGGCGCCUCCGGGCCUAAGCCCGUGACCCCGGCCACUUCGGCGAACUGGGUUUCCACGUCGGGCUCCUCUCGCCCUCCAGCGCCAUCGGCCUUCCCUGCCCUGCCUGCGGCCUCAUCGUCGUCCAAGUCUUCAGCAUCACAGCCGUCCUGGAUUGGGCCGAACAACCCGUCCGCCUCGAGAUCAUCGGGCCCCGCAGGACCCGUGCGUUCGACGCCCGCUGGCCGACCGCCACCAUCGUCUGCUUUCCCCGCGUUGCCCCCGGCGCAGAAGCCCCUCACAACAAUCUUUGGCUAUGGGUCGGGACGAGGUGUGCGGCGCGAUCUGGGCGGUGCUGCCAGCAACUUUAGCUGGGGAUCGGCCCCGGGAAGCGGAGCUGCGAGCGAGAAUACGUCGGAGAGGGAAGACGAGGAAGCCGGUCAGAGCACCGGUGGUAAGAAGAAGAAGGGCAAGAAGGUUCUUGUCCAGUGGGGUUGA